AUGGUCCAGCAGAACAAGGAGAACAAGCGGGAGGUCAAGGAGCUCGCACGCUGCGCGGAGGUGGUGACGGUCGUGAUGGAGGGCUUCCUGGCCGACGGCAAGGCUGCGCGCACCGCCUCCGAUCGCGGGCUCCUCGACGCGCUGGAGCUCCUCGACGCCAACCUGACCAAGGCCCACGAGCUCUUAUUCGAGUGGAGCACGAAGAAGGUCCGGCGCAGCGCCAUGCCCGACAAGUGGGCGCGCAAGCUGGCCGAUGCCUGCGGGGGCAUCUCCCUCGGGCUGCAGCUGGUCGCGACCGCGAGCGCGGGCAAGUUGAACGUCGCGGUCGAGGACGUCCGCGGGCUGUGCGUGGAGCUCCUCCGCGCGCAGUCGGACAUGAAGGACCUCAUCGACGCCGCGCACAAGCAAGCGCGCAAGGCCAACAUCACGCCCCAGCAGGUCGACGCGGUGCUGGCGCGCCACAUGGCCGAGCUCCAGAUGCGGUCGAUCAGACCGGAGCAGCUGCGGGCGGUGAGGGACGAGAUCCUCGCCGGGGGGCGGGCGAACGCGGAGGCGCAGGAGGCGACGAUGGCGCGCAUGGAGCGGUCGCUGACGGGCGCGAUCGCCGCGGCGGCGGAGCGGCACCGCGAGGAGCAGCGGCGGGAGUUCGAGGAGCUGAGGGCGGCGGGCGAGCGGGGCUUCCGCGACGUCAAGGCGUCUGUGUCGCAGGACGUGACGGUGGCGGCAGACAGGGUGAUCGAGGAGGUGUUCGCACGCAUGGGGGGGCUGGUGCAGGAGCAGCUGGGAGAGGCGGUGCGCAUGAUUGAAGAGAAGGCGUCGGUUCGCGCGAAGGCGCACGUGGAGCGCACCGAACAGAUGCUGGUGCGGGAGAUUGACGCAAUGCGGAUCGGUGCCGGGCAGGGCGUGCGCAGCGAGGUGAAUGAGCUCAAGGAGAAGGUGCAGCGGCUCGCAUGGGAGAGCACGCGCAGAAUCGACAUGUGCGCCGGCGGCGGCGUGCAGAAGUCGCUCGAGGCCUGGCGCAUCCCGGCGGGCGAGGUGGUGCUAGGGCAGUCUCUGUCCGCUGGCGGCUUCGGCGACGUGCACGAGGGCGUGUGGCGUGCCCCGAACCAGGUGCCGCUUCCGGCGGCCAUCAAGGUGAUCCGCCUGCACGGCACGAAGCCCAAGGAGCGGAACGCGCUGCUGCGCGAGGCGCAAGUGCUGUCGCGCGCCCUCGCGGCGAGCCCGCACGUCUGCCAGCUGUACGGGUUCGUCGACGGCGACGACAGCGGCGGCCAGGCGAUGCUCGUCAUGCGGCGCUACGCCGGGUCGCUGUCGGACGCACUGGACCUGCACGACGGCAAGCCCAUCCCGCUGGGCGCGUGGCUGCCCGCCAUGGCCGACGUCUUCCGCGCCCUCGACUCGCUGCACCGCGUGGGCAUCACACACUGCGACGUGACGCCGCGGAACGUGCUCCUCGACGGCUCCGGGUGCGCGGUGCUCGCGGACUUUGGGCUCUCGCGCGUGACCGCAUCGUCGUCGGUGGCGAGCGUCGCGACCGAGGCCAAGGACGCAUGCUCGCGCAACUACGCGGCGCCAGAGCAGCUCCAGGCGCGCCGCCGGGCCGACCGCGGCCCGCACACGGACGUGUGGGGCGCGGCCGCAGUGGCCGUGCACCUCGCGUCCGGCGUGCUGCCGUUCAAGGGCUGGAACCGUGAGGACAUCUACAGCCUCGUGGUUCACGACCGCGAGGCCCCGGACAUUCCGAGCGGGCUCCCAGGCCCCGUGGCGUCCGCCAUCGCCGCGUGCUUCACGUACGACUUCAACCGCCGCCCGACUGCGCGGUACGUCCUGGACGUCCUCGAGGGAGAGCUGCAGCGCCUCGGGGACACCGUCGAUCGCACGUGCCUCGUUCCGCCGGCCGCGCGCCACCGCCCCGAGCAGUCAUCGCCCUCGGCGGGCACCGCCAGGACUUUCCCCGUCGCACCGGUGGCGACGCCCGGCGCCACGCAGGCGUACCACAAGGAACCCGAGCCGGCGCGCCCCGAGCCGUCGUACCCCGUGCCUCCGCCGCUCCCCGACGGCUGCGGGGAGGGCGAGGCGCUCGUGGACCGCGUCAUGCGAGAGCUACAGCUCGGGGACGACACCGCGGAACAAGUGCGCGCCGCCCUGCCGUUCGGGGCGUUGUCCGACGCCCAGGACGUCACGGCGCUCACUGAGCGGGCCCUGCGGUCCUGCGGGGUGUCGAGACUGCAGGCACACCGCGCGAUCCCGGCCCUGCACGCGGCCGCUGCCCAAGCGCCGCCGUCCGCCUCAACGGCGCGCCGUGGCUCCGCGCUCUCGGUGGCGGGGCUGCGGCAGGUCCUGAACGAUCCCACCGUCCCCGUCGUCGACCUCGAGGGGCGCGCAGUGCGCUGCGUCGGCAACGCGGAGGGUCUGGUGAUCAACCGCCCUGUUGUGCUGCGUAACGGGCUGCUGAUCGGGCUCGGGAGCAAGGUCGGGGGGCAGACGGCUGCGGUGCAUCUCGGUCGCGGAGCCGCGGGCGCGGUGCUCGAGUCGCUCCGAAUCGUGGGCGGGCCCGGGCAUGGCGUGUAUGCGCACGGGGAGGCGAAGGAGGUGACGGUGCGCGGGUGCAGCAUCACGCACAGCGCGCGGAAUGGCGUGAUGGCGAUUGCCGGGUGCCGCGUCGUGGUGGAGGGCUGCGAGGUCGCACGCUGCGGAUGGAACUGCAUGGAAGCGAACGGCGCGGCGGCCACCAUCGAGGUGCGCGACACCCGGUGCACGGGCGCCAAGGGCUCCCACGGCGUGCUCGCGGAUCACGGCGGGCUGGUGGCGAUGGAGCGGGGCUGUUCGUCGGGCAACGCGCAUGGCGGCGUGGCCGCGUCGGGCAGGGGCUCGCGCGUGGUUGCCAAGAGCGUCGAGCUGUCCGGGAACCGCAAGGCGGGGGCGUGGGCGCAGAUCGACGGCGUGGUGGAGCUGGAGCGGGGGAUCAAGCAGGGGUUCCGCUCGAACCGUCCGCGCGCGGGCUUCGGGCUGCUCGAGGAGGAGGAGGACCUCGGCACCGACGCGCAGGCGCGCCGCCGCCGCGGGCUGGGCGACGACGUGCUGGGCGGGGAGCUCGACGCGUUCGCGGGCGUGCACUUCGGGGGCGCGGGCGCCGGGGACGACGUGAGCGCGGGCGUGCUCGCGCGCGUGCAGCGGCGCGCGGAGGAGAAGGCCCUCGAGAGCGCCGCCGCCGGCAACGAGCGCUACGACCCCCUGCGCUCGUCGACGUCCAAGGACGUCCUCUCGAUGAUCAACAAGCAGACGAGCCACCCGCGGCCCUUCGCGCACUUCGGGAGCGCCAGCGGCGGCGGUGCGCGGCGCGCGGGCGGCGGGUCGGCGCCGGGCAACGUGCGCGGGCGGCUGAGCGUGGCGGUGGCGGGGUACGAGGGGUCGCGGUCGCUGUUCGGGGACCUGGGCGGGUCGAAGACGUCGUUCCUCGGGCGCACGAUCGCGGCGCCGGUGACGUCGCGCGCGGCGCCCGUCGGGCAGCGCGCGGGCCCGUUUGUGUUUGAGCGCGACGCCAGCAAGGGCGGCGCGAGCAAGCCGGGCGCGGCGGCGUCGGCGCCCGCGGGGGCGCGCGCGGGGCCGUCGUCGUUCGCGGGGAUCGGGCAGCGGCUGUCCGGGGCGUCGGCGCCGGCGGGCGCGGCGGACGCACCCAAGCUGGUGGGCAUCCUGGGCGCGUGCGGGAAGCGGGCGGACCGCGACGAGCGGUGCCCGCUCGGGGCGGGGCUCAAGUCGCUCAACCGGGCGCUGAACCGGCAGACGACGUCGCUCGGCGCGAAGCGGCAGCGGUCGUAA